CUAACAUGGCCCCUCUCGGACAGCUGGAGCUGAACCUGAACCGUUUACAGUAAAGCGUUAUCAUUUCCCAUUAAUCGAUUUUCUGUAGGAAUAACUUUCACGAUGCAGAAGAUAAAGUCCCUUAUGGCCCGGCAGGGUCUGAAAAGCCCACAGGAGAGCAUGGCGGACCUUAGCCCUGUAGAGAAUUUCAGGAUCCCAAGCAAGGAGGAGUUGAGGGAGUUGAGGGAGCUUCCCGUCGACCCCCAGGCGGAGCAGGAGAUCAUUAACAGCAUCGAGGAGGUCUACUACUCCAACGACUCCUUCGAUGUGAUGCAGCAUGAGCUGGAGAAACUCCCACCCGAGCUGAACUUGCAAGAGCUGGAGGAGUAUAGAGACAAGCGGAAGAGGCAGCAAGCAGCGGUUUCCAAAAAGGUUGCUGAUCUCAUCCUGGAAAAGCAGCCAUCCUAUGUCAAGGAGCUGGAGAGGGUGACUUCACUGCAAACCAACCUGCAGCUGGCUGCAGUGAUCUGCACCAAUGCUAGGAGGCAGCUGAGUGUUUCAAAGGAGGGCUUCACCGAGGCCAGCCUGGGGCUACUGGCCAAUCAGAGGAGGAGACAGCUGCUCACGGGUUUGCUGAAGUCACUGAGAACCAUCAAAACCCUGCAAAGGACUGAUGUUAGACUCAGCGAGAUGCUGGAGGAGGAGGACUUCCCAGGUGCCAUCCAGUUGUGUCUGGAAUGUCAGAAGGCUGCCAGCACAUUCAAACACUACAGCUGCAUCAGUGAGUUGAAUUCUAAGCUACAAGACACUCUGGAGCAGAUAGAGGAGCAGCUGGACGUGGCUCUGUCUAAGACCUGCAAGCACUUUGACGUCUCCCACUACACCAAGGUCCAGCUUGCGUACACGCUCCUGGGAAAGACGCAGACGGCCAUGGACCAGCUGCACAUGCACUUCACCCAGGCCAUCCACAACACCGUGUUCCAGGUGGUCCUUGGGUACGUGGAGCUCUGCGCCGGGAACGCUGACACCAAGUUCCAGAAGAUGCAGUAUAAGGACCUCUGCACGCACAUUACUCCCGACAGCUACGUUCCGUGCCUGAGCGACCUGUGCAAGGCAUUGUGGGAGGUGAUGCUGAGCUACCACCGGACAAUGCUCUGGCACGAGGAGCACGACAAGGAGAAGAACGCCCCCACGCCCAUCACAGAUGAGGCAGGUGCUUCAGAGACUGACGAUUCCCUUGUGGACCGCUCCUAUGUAAAGAAGAAGCUGGAGCAUGGACUUAGCAGGAUCUGGCAGGAAGUCCAGCUAAAAGUGAAAGCCUAUCUUCUGGGGACAGACAUGUCCAACUUCAAAUAUGAUGACUUCAUUGUGGUCCUGGACGUUAUCAGCAGGCUGAUUGACGUGGGGGAGGAGUUCUGUGGCAGUAAGUCAGAGUUGCUGCAGGAAUCCAUCAAACGCCAGAGCGUCAACUACUUCAAGAACUAUCACCGGACUCGUCUGGAGGAGCUGAGGAUGUUUCUGGAGAACGAGACGUGGGAGCUCUGUCCUGUCAAGACCAAUUUCAACAUCGCCCAGCUCCACGAGUUCCGGUUCAUGGGUCAGUGCCGGUCCCCCUCCGUCUCUCCCAGUAGGCAGGUGUUGCCCGGCCCAGGUCCGGAGGACCGGUCUCUGUUCGAGCAGUUCAGCCGGGAGGGGAACCCGUUUGAGAGGCAGAUCGACAACAAAGAGGAGGAGACGGAGAAUGUGCUGGCUUCCAAUGGGUACGAGUCCGAUGAGUUGGAGAAGAGCGUCUACCAGGACUACGACAGCGACAGUGACGUCCCUGAUGAGCUCAAGCAGGACUACGUGGACGAGCAGACCGGAGAUGUUCCUCUCAAGAGCGCAUCAAGGGAGACGCUGCGCAGCAGGAAGAAGUCCGACUACAGCCUCAACAAGGGCUCCGCCGCUCCGAUUCUGACCAACACCACCCUCAACGUGAUCCGCCUAGUCGGCAAGUACAUGCAGAUGAUGAACAUUUUGAAGCCCAUAUCCUUCGAUGUGAUCCACUGUGUCUCCCAGUUGUUUGAUUAUUAUCUGUAUGCCGUCUACACCUUCUUCGGCCGCAACGAUACGUAUGAAUCAUCGGGACUUGGUCUGAUCAGCAGUCGACUGAGAACAACGCUGAACCGAAUCCAGGAGAGCCUGAUCGAAAUGGAGCCUACGGGCGAAGGGGGCUCCAGUGUCCAUGGCGGUCCAGGGGAGGACAGGAAGGAGAAGGUGCCCAGCCCUCAUCUCAGCCAGCUGGUGGACCUAACAGCCAGCGGAACCCUCUUUGGCCUGGCUCAGAGGGUUGUCGCCACCGAGUCACUGGUGUUUCUGGCUGAGCAGUUUGACUUCCUGCAGUCUCACCUGGACUCCAUGAUGCCGGGCACUAAGAAGCCCUUUCUACAGCAGUUUUACUCACAGACUGUGUCCACGGCCAGCGAGCUGCGUAAACCCAUCUAUUGGAUUGUGGCUGCCAAGGCUAUAGACUAUGAACAGAUGCUGCUGAUGAUGGCUGGAGUUAAAUGGGACAUCAGGGAGAUCAUGUCACAGCACAACAUCUACGUGGAUGUCCUUUUAAAGGAGUUUGAGGAAUUUAACCAGAGGUUGAGUGAUGUGUCCAAACAUGUUCGAAUUCCGCUGCCCGUGUCCAAUGUCCUGUGGGAACACUGCAUCCGUCUGGCCAACAGGACUCUGGUAGAGGGGUAUGCCAACGUGAAGAAGUGCAGCAACGAGGGGCGGGCUCUGAUGCAGCUCGACUUCCAGCAGUUCCUGAUGAAGCUGGAGAGGCUGACUGACAUCCGGCCCAUACCCGACAAGGAGUUUGUGGAGACCUAUGUCAAGGCCUACUACCUGACCGAGAACGACAUGGAGCAGUUCAUCAAGAACCACAGGGAGUACUCCAUGAAACAGCUGGCAAACCUGGUGAAUGUGUGCCUGGGCUCUCACAUCAACAAGAAGGCCCGGCAGAAACUCCUGGCAGCCAUCGACGACAUCGACCGGCCGAAGAGAUAGGCGUCUGGAGUGAUCCCCAAAAUUCCCAGACUUUCCAGAAAUCCUGUUUGGAGGCUUCCCAGUAUUUACUCAAUACUUCUGAUUCCAGGAAUCUUCCUACUGGGAUCUGGAAAACCUGGCAAUUUGAAGCAAGUUGCUGGAUCCUUACAACCCUAAAAUGCCCAAUUUUACCUCCAAGUAAAGAAGGAAAUCUAUAAAACAGGAACUUAAGUUAUACAAGCAAAUAGUCAAACAAGCAUGUUACAGUUAAUACAUCCAGGCUAAAAUUGUGCCUCUUCAUUUUCGUAUUCAGUAUCCGCAAACACACUGCUUACAGUUUCGCUGCAUUUUUUUAUGUCGUCACGGAGAUGCUCUUGUUUCUGAUUCGUUGUGAAUAUACAGGAAUGUGAGGAAGGACUCUGCUUUUAAGAUGAACUACUUGAAUUGCUGCAUGAAACUCCAUGUGAACAGACUGGCAGAGAUGUGUUAUUUACUUCUGUCUGCACAGCUUAAUGUAAUUCAUUUGUGCCGAUAGGAAGUGGGCGGAACGAAUCGUUUGAACGUGAAUUGUUAUUCGUAUUACUGAGAUUGUUGAGGCAAUCCGGAAAGGGUUUUUACUCCCACUGUCCCGUGCUCUGACACUUUUUGUGAAACUGCAUGGGAUGAGGACGCUCUUUUAGGGGUCAAUGGGAUGAGGACGCUCUUUUAGGGGUCAGUGGGAUGAGGACGCUCUUUUAGGGGUCAAGCCCAUAUAGUGACGUCCGGUGUCAAGUGCCCUUCCGCUGUCCAUUACGGAUGAUGUCCAUUACGGAUGAUGGCAGCACUACAUUUUUGUUAUGUUGUUCUAGCGGUGUAGGUUGAAGUCGCCGGGGUCCGUUUGGGUUUAGGAUUGAGUUUAGGUUUGGUGAAGUGAAAGUGCUGAUCCUAUAUAGAUACCUAGGGCAUGUUUGAGUCCUGGGCUAAUACUGUUUCUUUUAUUUGUCCACAUUUUAGUUGAGUCCAUGAAUGAUUUACGGUAAUAUAUGUUGAUUCUGAAAAUAUGAAAUGGUUAUAGAUGAUACACUGUAUUUAUAUGUGUAUUUAGAUUGAUUUGCACUCGCUGCGCAUGUUUCUUUUUCCGUCAUAUGUGUGUUUUUAUUGAACAAACAACCUCCCUCAUGGCCUCUGCAUUAGUACUUAAUUUAGUAGAAAUUGGGGAGAUUAGAAAAAAUUAAUUGUUUUUGAGACAGCAACUCUUUCCAUUAUGUUUUCAUGCAUAACAAUUCCAAGGUGAUGCUGUAACAGUAAAUGUGUAAAUGUUUAUUUAUUUUAUUUCUGUUGGAUUCAGGACUUUUUCUAUACAGGAGGUGUGUUGUCAUUCAUUUGCCGUCAGUAACCUGUAUCUUUUUGUCAAUUGUAAAAGAAAAUCGAAAGAAAACACGGACCACGUGUUGUUAUGACACUCAAGGGCGCUAUUGUGAAAGAUGUUAAUACUGUAACACAAUAAACACACUAACGUUCAAACCCA